AUGUCUUUUCCUGGUGAUAAUUUGAUGGGAGGCUAUGAACCGGUGCGUGGUCGUGAUGACCAGAACAGCUACACGGUGCGGCAGGCGUAUGAAGACGGCGGUCUCAAGGCUGGAGCUAGUCGCGUGGCCCGGCUUGCAUAUGGCGUCCUCUCUCGUCGUAAAGCAGCGGAGGAGGGCGCGGCUCGACUGGCCCGAGUGCUCUCAGCCCUCGAUCUAACUGCCCUCGGGGUCGGCAGCACCCUCGGAGUGGGUGUCUACGUCCUUGCUGGUGAUGUUGCCAAGAACUAUGCUGGACCUGCCGUGAUACUGUCGUUCCUAUUGGCUGCUGUUGCCAGUGUUUUUGCAGGACUAUGUUAUGCGGAGUUCGGUGCUAGGGUGCCGAAAGCCGGGUCGGCGUAUGUGUACAGCUACGUUUGCGUCGGCGAAUUCAUCGCGUUCAUCAUCGGCUGGAACCUCAUACUAGAAUAUAUUAUUGGUGCAGCAUCGGUGGUGAAGGCUCUGAGCGAAUACUUAGAUUCACUAACGAACAAGGCUAUAUCUACGCACCUAGAAGCGGCCAUGCCCAUAGACACGCCACAUCUAGCGAAGUACCCAGAUAUAUUCGCCUUCUCCGUUAUCAUGGCGUUCUCAGUGGCGCUUGCAUUCGGCGUGAAGGAGUCGACGAAGUUUAACAACUUCUGCACCGGUGUCAACCUGUGUGUCGUACUGUUUGUCAUCAUAUCUGGAUCUUUUAAAGCCGACACGAAGAACUGGCGUAUCCCAGCUGAAGACGUGCCGAAGUCCGAACAUAAAGACUUCGGUACGGGCGGGUUCGCUCCGUACGGACUCGCCGGGAUCAUCAAGGGAGCGGCCGUCUGCUUCUACGGAUUCAUUGGUUUCGACUGCGUGGCGACGGCGGGCGAGGAGGCGCGGCGGCCGCAGAAGUCGAUCCCGUUCGCCGUCGUGGCCUCGCUGCUCGUGGUGUUCCUCGCAUACUGCGGGGUCUCCUCCGUGCUCACGCUCAUGGUGCCCUACUACAUGCAGGACGAGAAGGCUCCGUUUCCGUUCGUGUACGACCAGUUGGGCUGGCCGUGGGCCAAGUACGCAGUCAGUGUCGGCGCCAUCUGUGCGCUCUGCUCCAGUUUGCUCGGCGCAGUGUUCCCUCUGCCCCGCAUUAUAUACGCGAUGUCGUCCGACGGUCUGUUGUUCCGGUUCAUGGGACAGGUCAGCGAGAGGUUCCAGACUCCACUCAUUGGGACCAUGAUCGCUGGACUCUUUACUGGUACCCUGGCGAUGAUCUUCCGCCUGGAGCAGUUGAUCCACAUGAUGUCCAUCGGCACUCUACUGGCGUACUCCAUGGUCGCGUCCUGUGUACUACUGCUUAGAUACGAGUACAGCCAGCCCGCGCACCGCGCCCAGGAGCCGCUGAAGUUCUCGUACCGCGCGGCGCUGCGGCAACUCGUCAACGCAGACCGACACGCGCUGCCCACCAAGCUCAGCUCACUCACUGUCUCCGUACUCGUCACUCUCUACGGUGUAUGGUGUUUCGUGAUGAUGUCAAGUAUCAAUCAGUACGGCGACGCCAUCCUGGAAGGUCACGUGGGCGCCGUGGCCAUGUUGGCUGUAGGUACUAUACUCGUCGUGGUCACUCUCGUCGCCAUCUCACGACAACCUGUGUCCGAUAAGAAACUGGCCUUCUCUGUCCCCCUAGUCCCGUGGUUGCCAGGUAUAAGUAUCCUCAUCAACGUGUACUUGAUGCUCAACCUGGAUUACAUGACCUGGCUACGGUUCGCAGUCUGGAUCGCCGCUGGUCUCCUAAUCUACAUUACAUAUGGUGCGUGGCACAGUUCAGAACGCAAGCGUAAGAACGAUACUGUACCAAUGGCAGACCUGCACAGUGACAGCCAGACCGCUUUGCUGAACAACGGACUGACACACGCGCUCGGCUGA